CUGUUACGCAACUUUAACAGAGUCAGACGCUGCAUCAUGUUCCUCAUCAAUACUGGCUGCUACAUCAACAGCUGCUUCGAAUGGCACUCACCACAGAGGAGCAUCUGUGCUUUUUUGCUUUUUGUCAUCCUCGUUUGGAACUUUGAGCUCUACAUGAUCCCGCUGGCGUUGCUUCUGCCGUUGGCCUGGAACUACAUCCUCAUCGCUUCGGGGAAGGACACCAGGCAAGAUGUGCAAGCGAUGGAGGACCUGCUGGAGGACGAGGAUGAGGAUUUUGACAAAGAUGACAAGGACCCUAAACCAGGCCCCUGGGAGGAGAGCUGUGAUAAAAACCAUAUCCUCGAGGAUAUGUUGGCUUCCUGGCACUUUGAGUGGAUACGAACGAUGGUG